AUGAAUGAAAUGAUUAAUCAAAUGGUGAGCUGUUUAGAUGAGUAUCAAGAUGUCUUUGCAUUGGGAGACUCUAUUGUGCAUCAUGAUGAUAAAACCAUUGUGCUCACCCAUAAAGAGAUAGCAAAGAUUUGUGAAUUAGGUGAGAAAACCUCUCAAAUCAUACAUGUUUGCUCAACCUACUUUGAAAAGUCAAUUACAAAGCACAACCAAGAUGAAAGAAAGCUAUUGUUUAAGAUAAUAUUUGAUGCAAUGGGUUGGAAAAUAAGCAAACACAAGAACAAACUCAGUAAAUACAGAGGUCUUUAG